UUAAGGAGUCCUGUUGGCCAAUUUUGUUAUGAACCAGGUAUGCUUGUCAUACAUCCUUCGAGUUGUUGUGAUAUCUGCCUUGAUCUCUAUUCUACCUCAGAUCUUGCUACUUCUCCACAUGCAAUCCAGUGUGGUCACAUCUUCUGCUUCAGGUGCCUUUACUCCUUUGACACAAGCACAUGUCCCUUCUGCCGCGAAGUUUUCGACCUAGAUGGUGCCAAGAAACUCCACGUCGGAAAUGCACCUGAACGAGAAGAUGCUGAACGAGACAAUGCUGAUCAGGACAAUGCCAAACGAGACAAUGCUAAACAGGGUGUUGUCCAUGAUCAUGCUAAUUUCCUCCUUCAUCGGAUGUCUCUAAUUUCAGGCGAAGGCGUGCCCGAAGCUGAUGUCGCUGAAGUAGUCUCCGAAGUGCAGGAAUGGCUGGAGUCUCAACCGGAUGACCCCUAUUCUCAUAUACCACUUCGAGCUGCCUUGUAUUCCCUCCACCGAUACAAAGCUCUUCAACUUGAGAACGAGCGUGAAAAAGCGGAAUAUCGCCUUCGUGAUCUGCUACGCAACAGCACACUAACCACAGGCCAUGGCUCCAGGACAUCUCGUGCUGUGGAAGACAGUAUCGCUAGGAUCGAGGAAAUAGAGACUGAACAUGCCUUAGCAUCUCGUGCGAUGGAAGACAACCUUACUAGGAUCGAGGAAAUAGAAAUCGAACAUGCCCUAGAGGUGAUCAUUGAGUUCAGUAGUGUGUAUGUGGGACUUAACUUGCGUCCACAUAGCUGUCACAAUUGCAAUCUCAGUUGCAAAACCUUGACAAUUCCCAAUCUCAAAAUCUCAACGUCCCCGACUCACCACUGGCAGAGGAGUGGUUGAUUGAUUUUUUCUGAAUCAUUGUCGUGCUGGGGGUAUUGUGAGCAUCAGAUGUUCUACUUUUAUUCUAUGGUCGUCUUGCAAGUUGUCCUCGAGGACGUUAAACAUUUGUAAUUCAUGAUAUUAAAUAAUUUGGAUUCCAUUAUUGCACAGAAUGCGUGGUGAUGUGAUUUGGUGGGUCGAGAACCCGUUUGGUUUUCUUGGUUUUCUGACAA